CGAGUGUGUUCACGAUUCCGUCAAUGGUCACUGUUUCCUUCGCAUAACAUCUUCCACUAUCCUCACUCAGAUCCGCACGCACGUCUUAAUUGUAUCAAUCUCGCUAGGUUUGCACCAACAUUUCGUUCCGUGGCUUCGAGUUUCGAGCUGAUAUAAGCGUAAGACACACAAGCAUUUCUGCACGCGCAAGGGACAAAGAGGCAGAGUAAGGAGUAAGGAAAACUCCUUGCCUUACAAUGGAAUUGCUAGAUGUCAGUUGUGUUGAUUUCGACGCUUGAGGGGUAAAGUGUUUUCCAUUGCGAUUGUACGUGUGCUGCAGUGAAUCGCAGUGUCACGGGCAUUAGGGAAUUGAAACAAGUGCAACAAAGUGGAAUUGUGGCUGUGUGUGUGUGUGUGGGUGGCUGUAUUCACAAUACCACCUGCUUUCUGGUGGAUUCGUCCUGCCAAACGACGCUGGAGCAGGGAGAGGCAAAUGCACACAGGAAUUGCUGCAAGCUGGAUGUAGUAGCGCGCGUGUAACAAAGAGCACACAUACGCACACAAGCUGUCACCUGAAGCGUCCUCCACCCGUGCGUACGGUAGGGGCUGAGGGCCGAUGAUUGUGUGGCUAACAGUCGUCAGGUGCUGAGCAACAAGCAUACGUUUCAGGCGCAUUAGGGCAUCGCAGUAUCGUAAAACGCGACAUCGACAGUAGCAACGUGAGCUAGUAGUGUCGGCAGCGAAUGUGGGCAGUACUACGCGACACGGCAGUCGGUUUGCUUGCCGAAAUACACUCACUGCAGAAUGAGGCCAAAAUGUCAAUUAUAAUCGCAAUCGUCUUCAUGGGCUUGCUCGAGUUAGGAAGAUCGCAGUACCUAACGAACACUGUACAUAAGACAUCAGCUGCGACGGAGAAGAUUAAUGAUCUCUGGUGCUACUCGUGCAAUGCUACGGACGAUGGCGAGGCCUGUAUCGAUCUGUCGUCCGGAAAUAAUGCAUCCUUCGUUAAAAAGUGUAACCCGGAGGAAUUUAUCUGCAUGGUUAAACAGUUUUCCUACACAACCAGCACGGAAAAUUCCACCUCCACGCCGAAGCUGUGGUCGCUCGAGCGGCGCUGCAUCAGCAGCUGUGAGGCGGGUUGCAUAAUCAUAGGCGAACGCACGAAGCUGUACGCCUGCACGAGCUGCUGCGAGAAGUCGCUGUGCAACACCGGCAAAGCCCACUCGACCAAUCCGAUCGCACACUUCCGGCGCACCUCAACGACACUGGCACUGGGCCUGCUGGUGCUGCUUAGCGUAAUGAAACCCACACUGUCGGUGAUACUCUAGUUUAGCGUACUUGGUAGAGCGGAUGCAGGCUAACGUGUAGCGUAUAGUACUCUUAAUCGAAGCACAAGUUUUUUCUCCCAUCCACUUCAUCCCACUUGCCCCCCCCCCCCUCUUUCUGGCAAGCUUAUGAUAAGGCUUGAUAGUACGGUGGCCAACAAAAGAGGGCGGGGAAAGAGAGGUACACACAGACCAAUGCUUCCAGGGACCCCACAAUAGAAUAUCCAUUAGGACACAAAAGCUACCUUUGAUUAAAAAAGGGUAAAGAUUCACCUAGCCGCGUGAAGGUCAGAAUUGGUCACCCUCCUUUAAAUUAAACCCUAUUCGACCCCUAAACUCCGUAAACAAAAAACGAUUGCGAACACCCGCAUUGAUGCCCGCACAUUGCCAUAUAAUCCCACAAUCGAUCCUUUUUCGAUUCCAUUCGAUUGCAUGUUCGUGCGUUCCAUUUUAGAUAGAAUUUGAAAGAAAAGCCAAAAGUUCACUCUUCAAUAUCGGUUACAAGUUUUUUAUCUAAAUGCACACCACACACACACACAAAUACACACACAGUGACGAAUGACGAUGCUGUGUCGAAUGUAGAUAUUAAGAAGCUCUCACAUUCGCAUUCAACUUCAACUCAAUUUCCACUCAACAAACAAACGAUUCCACAUGUCCAACCAAAUUUAACGUGGCUCUGGACGACAAAAAGCACAGCAAACCCACAAUAAACACACAAUUUGCAUAGAAAAACAAAACAAAAACAAUAAAUAAAUCAUCGAACUUGAGUGCUGAGUGGUGUGUGCUGAGGUAGAGUAGGUAAGAAAUGAAUUUGAACCAAAACCAUUUCUAAUCUGCAGUUCAAGUUUUAGAAUAACGAAACCUUUCGGGGAUAGUUUAAAAAAAAUACAUUUAAUAAUUAACACACAUACACACAUGCACAAAGAUAAUUAAAAAACAAGAAAAAAGUGAUGAAACGCUGCCAGGUUUUUACGAUCAGGUAUGAUUUAAGGCAGGAAUCGGGUUUACUGUUUACUGUGUCAAAUAUGUUUCAUGCACCACAACAUAUGCACCCAUCACCGUUGGUCGUACAGGAUUUUCCGUUCCCCCCUCCCUCCAUCACAGUCACAGUGACAGAGGAUGCCGCCAACAAGAGGUCCCGUGCGGACAGCCAAAUGAAAUUCAUAUUUAUUAUUAAAGUAAGCAACAGCAGCCGUAGCAGCUUCGGUGUACACCCCAGUUCUGCAGCAUAGAAACAAUGUGUCAAAAGAUCGGAAAAUCGCAAGCUGUGACAAGGAAUUUUCAUUUGUAACUUUAUUCGUCUUGCCUAGCCGUAAGAAUAGUAUUUUUUUUUUGAACAAAACACAUACAUUUGAUGCAAU